GGCAAAGUGCAAGCAUUUCCCUCACUGACGAGACUGGUGUUGCACACAAUGCAGGGCUUGAAGGAGUGGUCAGAGGAUGAAAAAACUGCAGAGGUCAUGCUGGUUUUCCCUCACCUUGCUGUGCUUAAGAUCAUUGAUUGCCCAAAUUUGAUGACCAUACCAGAGCUACCAUCUCUCAAAAGUUUAAAAAUGAAAGGAACGAAUAAGCAAUUGGGCUUGGUUUUUGGUCUGACCGCACUAUCUUCCCUUGACAUUGAACUCGAUAAAACGAGCAAUGGCACAGAGUCUCCUCCUCUUGCUCAGGAAAAAAUGUCUUUCAGGGAUUUUAGAUCUCUUGAAAAUUUAAUUAUCACGGCAUCUGAGGAUCUGGCACCAUUGCUGAAGGAGGAGGAGACGAAGGGGCUGAGUUCAUCCCUGCAUCAUUUGGAGGUUAGAAGUUGCAAUUGGUUGUUUUCAUCAUCGCAGCAGGCAUCAUCACCUUUGGGGUUUUGGAAGAACCUGACUUCUCUCCAGUCUUUAGAUAUCCAUCAUUGUGAUGAUCUAGUCUACUGGCCGGAGGAGGAGUUCCGUGGCUUGAACUCACUGAAGAAGUUUAGUCUCUCUGGUUGCACCAUGUCGGUUGGCCCGUCAAGUCUGCAAUUAUCCUCGUCAUCAUCGGGGGAUGGAGAGCUCCUACCAAACCUAGAAGAGCUGAGUAUAAGAUUUUGUGAUGGUCUGCUGGAAUUGCCUAAGUUGCCUGCUACCCUCAGAUCAUUGCAUGUUAACUUCUGCCCCAAACUGAAUUCCAUGACAGAAGGCCUGCGCCAUGCCACCGCUCUCCACUCCAUAAGCAUUUUUGCGUGUUCAAGCCUGACGUCUCUGUCAUUACAGCUCGCACACCUCACUGCACUCCAGUAUCUGGAUGUCAGCUAUUGCAGCAAUUUGUCAUAUCUGCCGCAAGGGAUGCAGGGCCUCACGGCACUUCAGUCUCUGUAUAUUGAUGAAUGCCCUCGGCUGUCAUCACUCCCGGAAGGUCUCCAACAACGACUCCCCCACCUUCAGCAUCUGGACAUUAGGGGGUGCCCCAGCCUGGAGAGACAGUAUGCGAGAGGAGGGCCGUAUUGGGACCUGAUCUCACGCAUCCCUGAUACCGGAACACUAUCUGAGAGGAGGAGCAACUUCAGCACAUUCCUUCCUUCCUUUUCUUGCUUCUUAACACCAUCUACAGUUCAAUAUCAUCACAGUCCUUGGGAAUCUGAACGCGAUCGGUUAGCCCAUGCUCGCUAAAGCAGACCCUCAUGAAAAUUUCGCUUCAGGAUGAAUAAAGUACUGGUGGAGCGAGGUUAGGGAUGAGAGAUUCCGGCAACUGCUGUGGAAUUAUUUCUCGGAAGACCGAGCCCCGGAUGUGAUGGUAUUAAACUCGGGUUUGCACGACGGGUCUACUGGAAGAGUCUCCAGAGAUUCGCGGCCGAGGGGGCGGAGUACGCGGCGGGGUUUUGGGAGGAGGUGAUGAGGCAUGCGAGGGAGAAGGGGAAUGGGGCGGCGCCGAACUUGUUCUACCGGACGACGAUCGCGACGAGAGGGUACGCGAGGGAUCUCGCGUUCCAUCCGAGCAAGAUGGAGGCUUUCAACGGCGUGAUGGUGGAGAAGUUGGUGGAGCGAGGGUUGGUUACCGGCGGUGUGAUUGACGAGUUCGAUAUGACGUUCCCGUGGCACUACGACAACCGGUGCAAUGACGGGGUGCAUUACGGCCGGCCGCCGGCGAAGGCGCGGUGGAGGGACGGGGAGGUCGGCCACCGGUACUUUGUGGACUUGAUGCUGGCUCAUGUGCUACUUAAUGUGCUUUCUUGUUAUUCAUUUCAGCAUCGAACUUCUUGCUGUUGUCGAUCUAGCAUCAGAAGAAAUGAAAUAUUAUGCCUUGGAUAAGUUUUUCAAAGAUUUCUAAAUCUUCAAUGGUCAGGUGACUUCAUGUGAAUCGUAUUGAUAGUUUUGUUUUAGUUGUUGUUAAGCAUUCCAAAAGGACAUUAGGAAAAGAUAAGCUUAAUUCUCUUUAAGUAGAUGUCAUUUGGCAUUUAAUGUUA